AUGCAAAUCUCACAUUAAAUCCCUUGUAAGAAAAUAUGUCUUCUGAUCACCACACUGUUAGUCAUGCCCAUUGGAAGGGAGAUGCAAGUGUUGGUAAAGAGCCAGAAACAGGGACAAUUAUAGUUCCUGUGAGAGCUCUAAACAUCAUCUGGGGCAACGAUAGUCGUUUUUGGCGGUUCCAGGACCUUCCAAGGGAUGAAACUAUGAUGAUAGGGUUGAAGGAAAGUGCAUGGCUGGUUCAAGUGAAUUGGAUAGAGGUGACAGGGAAAGUGCGAAAGUCUGACCUGCACAAGGAGCCUGGCUCAGUCACAAAAUAUGGUAUCUUUUACAUCAUCAAGUUCAGGGCUGAUGCAUUUGGGUGGCACUCUGUUCCUAUAAAGUUCAAAUUCAGACUCACCACCACGUCUGCAAAACAACAACCACAACCACACUACCACAGCACAGAUGAUAAUCUCACCAUUGAUAAAGAAGAUGAGAAGAGCAUCAUUCUGGAACCCUACAGAGAGAAGCAAGAGGUGUGGCAUGAAAUCCCAGCAGGCCAAUUCUCUGUCUCUAACUCUGAUGGCUUUCUUGAGUUUGGUAUGUUUGAAGUUGACAGUGCUUGGUGGAAGGGCAAUAUGGUCCUUGCAGGUGUCAAGAUCAAGCCCAUAUAAGCCUAAUCAUUACAUUAUCUAUCAUUAACUACCAUUCUCUCAAUGUUAUUCCUGUAAUUAUAAGUGACAAGAAUGUGGUCUGGUUCAAUCUGCACACUGGUUUCACAAUCCUCUAGCUGUGCUGAGGUUGUUGUGUAAUUUCCCCAUUUUGUCUUUUGUAACGUUACAGUGAAAUAAAUCAUGUUGUUGGAUUUGUCCAAGACUGAUCACCUUAUAUGAGAAAUGUUAAUGGUUUCAUUCUUAU